GAUCCAACCCCACCGGGGAAACAAGAGCGACGACGAAGAUCUCUAUAUAUCCUUCAUGGCGCUCCAAUGGCGAAUUCUCUCUUCCUCCUCUUGACCAUUCUCCGGUUGCCUAUUACUGGUCGUCACCUCCUCCACUCCCUCUUAUAACUCUCUCUCUCUCUCUCUACUCAUCCCGAAUUUCGAAUUUCUCCCGCAUCCAAUUUUCCCGGGAAAAACUCCGGUGCUCAUUUCCGGAACCUCUUGGAUUUUUUUAUUUAAGUGAUCAAUUUCCAUCGGGGAUUUCGGGUCGGUGGGGGGUAUAGUUUUAGUCUAUUGCGUGCUUUGCGAAGAUCAAGGAAACAUGGCGGCGGUGCUCGUGUACCACGUAGUGGGUGAUCUAACGGUGGGGAAGCCGGAGAUGGUGGAGUUCUACGAGACGGAGACGGUGGAGUCGGCGAUUAGGGCAAUUGGAGAGUCGACGGAGUGUGGGAUUCCGGUCUGGAAGAAGAGAUCGCCGUCGCAUCCUGGGUUGGUGGAGAACAGCGAGGUGAGGCAGCAGAGAUUCGUGGGGAUCCUGAAUUCUCUCGACAUCGUGGCGUUUUUGGCGAGGAGUGAGUGUUUGCAGGAUCAAGAGAGGGCCAUGAAGAUGCCUGUUUCCGAGGUCGUCAAGCCCAACAAUUCUCUCCUCAGACAGGUUGAUCCUGGAACAAGACUAAUCGAUGCUCUCGAGAUGAUGAAACAAGGCGUGAGACGUCUUCUUGUUCCGAAAAGCGUCGUGUGGAGAGGUCUCAGCAAGAGAUUUUCCAUUCUUUACAAUGGCAAGUGGCUGAAGAACAUCGAUAAUUCCGGCAGUAGCGGUACUCUCUCUGCCGACACCAACAGGCCUACUUCUAUGGCUUCAAGACCAGACAAGUUCUGCUGUCUUUCCCGGGAAGAUGUGAUCCGUUUCCUUAUUGGUUGUCUUGGAGCAUUAGCUCCGUUACCCCUCAAAUCAAUCUCUUCUCUUGGAGCCAUCAACGGAGACCACAACUCCAUUGAAGCUUCUCUUCUAGCCGUGGAAGCCACAGAUGGGCCACUCGUUGACCCGAGUGCGAUUGCCGUGGUGGAAGCCUCUGGAGACGAAAGCUAUAAGAUAAUAGGAGAAAUCUCGGCCUCUAAGCUCUGGAAAUGUGACUAUAUCGCUGCUGCUUGGGCUCUAGCCAACUUUUCUGCAGGGCAAUUCGUCUUGGGACUAGAGGAAAACAUGUCGUCGAGAUCAUUCAGCGACUUUUAUCAAGAUUCAUCAACCAGAGAAGAAGGGUCAGAAACGAGGCAGAAGAAGAAGUUCAGAGGCAAGAGCACAAGGUUCAAUCCGACGAUCCCGAGGUCUCUGGGCCAAGGGAGGAGCAUGAUGUACAGGGGAAGAAGCUCGGCCUUAACCUGCAAACCCACGAGCUCACUGGCUGCAGUCAUGGCUCAGAUGCUGUGUCACAGGGCAACUCAUGUCUGGGUCACUGAAGAGGACGGGACUCUGGUCGGAGUCGUGGGCUACGGAGACAUCUUGGCGGCGGUAACUAAACCACCUUCUGCUUUCAUUCCUUCAAACCGAUCUCACGAGGCUUUUGGUAAUGAAAUCCAGAAGUUAUAGCAUCAAUACAUGUUCUUUGAUUCAUCAAACUGGUAAUGCUCCUUUGUUGUUUGUUGUGUUCUUGAGGGAUAGCGAUUUGAGACAUUAAGGGAGGGACAUGAAAGGAGGAGACUUUGGUGUAGAUAUUUAGUUUUUGAGAUUGUGUCCUUGUUGAAUUUGUGUGGAGCUUCAAAUAAAGCAACAAAAAAUAAAUAAAUAAAAUAACAA